AUGUCGACACCGUGUUACCCGAGUACCUCAAGUCAACCAUGUUGGGUAGUUAACCGUAACCGGUGGCGUUACACGACAUUCUCGAAUACGAUCCCCGUAUUCAUCCACUCCUCCUUCAACGCUGAUGCGACCAUUCUCCGUUGCUGCCAAUUCAACAUAAAGGGAACUUCGUGUGUUCCGAAAAAGCAAAGUCGAAACUUUGCAGAGAAACAAAUUCAGGCUCAUAAUACGACAAACAAAGAGAAGAGUCAGGCGAAUAGGUCGAAUUGCAACGAAAAAACCAACAUUUUGUUCCGACAUUGUGAGAAGGCCAUUGGUGUGGAUUUCCUAUGCUUUCAUGCAGAAUUCUUAUAUGCCAGUAGUCGUUGUCUAUACGAUGGUUACGAGAGAAUGUCUGCAAAUGUUACACGCCCCUUAUUCGACCAGAUGGAUUGCAAGUAUACUUGCUUCUGCGGAGCCACGCAUAUUCGUAAAGGGGCGCGAGCGGUAGCUGUGCUUCUCACUGUUUCCACAGCUAUCAACAUCUUCUUCAGCUUGACGAGGACAUCUACGGUUGCAGUUUACACGCUCAUGAUAUCUGCCUUUGCUGUCGUCGUGUUUGGGAGUUUACUAUAUGGAAUUUAUAAAGAAAUGAGGAUGUAUGUGGUACCUUACUUGGUCUUCCAGGUAAUAUCGGUUGGGAUCACUGUCAUGGUUCUUCUCUUGUUUAUCAUAGCAAUAGCAGCAAAAUCAAACAAGGUGAUUGAAUUAGCGAAAGACAUCGGAAGCGUGAACAUCCAUUUACCUCAAAAACAGCUCGAUUCAGCACUUGCGUCGUUCACAGUAGUAUUUAUUGUAACGCUAUGUUUGGGUGGACUCAUCCAAGUCUACUUUUUUGAGGUCGUUUAUUCAUUCUAUGGAUUUCUCCGUGAUCGCGAAAGCUCAUUCAAUUUCAAUUUCGAAGUUACACCUGCAAUAAGGCCUCUGGAAACCAUGUUUGGCUCAGUGGAUGAAGUUCCUCCACCAUAUCAGGAGCAGCAGUAA